AUAAUUCUAUCUUUCUAUUUCUCAGUAGUUACAUAUAUGGCUUUUUAGUUCUAGCUUUUCUUGCUAAGCACUCACAAGCAAAUGACUCUUAAUGCCAGAGUAUUUGCUGCUCUUUUUCACAUAUUUGCUUGCUUAUUUCUGGAUAUUCUUGAAAUAAGCAAUGGCGUACAGAGUGAUAUCGCCUGCUUGAAGUCAAUUAAACAUUCGCUUGAAGACCCUUACGGCUACCUUAAUACUUCAUGGAACUUCAAUAACAAUACUGAAGGUUUCAUCUGCAAAUUUACUGGGGUCGAAUGCUGGCACCCUGAUGAGAAUAGGGUCUUAAAUCUCAGACUAAGCGACAUGGGGCUCAGCGGCCGGUUCCCUCAGGGCAUUAAAAACUGCACAAGUCUAACCGGGUUAGACCUCUCCUAUAAUGAACUUUCAGGACCCCUCCCAUUUAACAUAGAUCAUUUAGUUGUGUUUCUCACAAUCCUCGACCUUUCCAGCAACAACUUUUCUGGCAAAAUUCCAGUUAGCUUAUGCAAUUGCACUUAUCUAAAUGUCCUUAAACUUGACCACAACCGUCUAACUGGUCAAAUCCCUCCGCAAUUUGUCCUCCUCCCUCGUUUGAAACAAUUUAGUGUUUCUAACAAUAUGUUGUCAGGGCCUGUCCCUUACAUUGAUCCCAUUAUCUCUAUUACAGCCGAUAGCUUUGCUAACAACCCGGGUCUUUGUGGAGCGCCUUUGGAACCCUGUCCAACUCCAAAGCAAAGAAGGAAGUCCGAUUUUUCAUUCAAAGAUGGGUUUCUAGUUGGUUACGCGGUUUCUGCAGUUUCAGUAAUAACUAUUUUUAUGUUCCGGUCCCAUUAUGUGGCUUGCAUGAAUGACAAGCGACGUACUAAGAACAAGAACGAAGAAGCUGAUCAAGUUAACCAGCCGCCAACUAAAGGGCUCCUGCUAGAAGGGAGCAAAAAGAAUUCUCAAUUGGAAGGAAAAGUUACUAGAGUGAACUUUAUAGAACUCAGUGAGGCAUCUAACAAUUUCAGCCCAGAUAAUGCCAUUGGGUUGGGAAAGAUCGGGUUGAUGUACAAAGCAAUGCUUCCAAAUGGUUCACUUCUUGCGGUCAAGAGGUUACAUGAUUGUCAAUCAUUUGAGAAACAAUUCAUAAGUGAGCUCCUAGCUCUAGGUAGAUUGAGACACAAUAACAUAGUUCCUCUCUUGGGAUUCUGCAGAGAGAGGAAGGAAAAGCUUCUAGUGUACCAAUAUAUAUCGAAUGGCAAUCUUUAUGAUUGGCUACAAGCAAGGGAAGGCAAUGAUAAGAUCUUGGAAUGGCCUUUGAGGAUCAAAAUUGCCAUCGGGAUAGCAAGAGGCUUAGUAUGGCUUCACCAUAAGGGCAAUUUUAGAGUAGUCCAUCUUAACUUGAGUUCAAAUUGUAUCUUACUUGAUAAAAAAUUUGAGCCCAAGAUAUCAAAUUUUGGAGGGGCAAAAAUAUCAACUUUUGAAGGAGCAAUGUUCAGGGAUUCAAAUGAGAUUGACUCAAGCAGUAGCUCUUUUGUAGACAAUGGGGUUUGGGAGUUGGGUUUUGUCAAAAAGGAUGUCUAUGACUUUGGAGUUUUACUUCUUGAGCUAAUUACAGGGAAGGAACUCAAUCAAAUCGAUAAUUAUCUAAACAGUUUGUGCGAGGGUUUGGUUGAUUGGAUUACUCAUCUUUUGACAAGUUCUUCCGAUGUCUACAAUGUCAUUGAUAAACCUUUGAUUGGCCAAGGAUUUGAUGGUGAAAUCUUUCAGUUUCUCAGAAUUGCAUGUACUUGUCUUAAGCCCUUUCCUGCUCAAAGGCCAACAAUGCUUGAAUUGUACAAUACAAUAAAUCUUUUGGGGGAGAGAUAUGGCAUCACAAAUGACUUUGAGAUUUUGAGUCAACCUGAAAUUGCUACCGCAAGUACGUCAAAUGAAAUUGUUGAGGUAGAAAUUACAUAGACCAAUUGAAGCAUUGCAUACAAAGUGCAAAAUUAUGUUGAGAAAAAUCAGAAAACAGAUUUUCUUUUGGGUUAUGUUUGUUUGCUAUAAUCUUUUUGUCUUUUUGUCAUCAUUGCC